AUGCCAUCGCCCCCUGUUGCCGUUGCAGCCAUGCCGACGUCGUCGUCCACGCCUACACCAAGCUUAUCUGAGGGGAACCGGGGGCAUCUCUCGCCCAAGCUGACGGUCACCCUGGUGGGGUCACUGCUCCUCUUCUUCUUCCUUGUUAUAGGCUUCCGCCUCGUCGCGCGCAAGGCCUGCUGUGCUUCCUCCGCGUCCGGCUCGAACACAUCCCUCCCCACCCACUUCCACGAUUGCCACCACCGUCGUGUCUACCCGCCUGCCGCGCGCAGCAAGGUCGCCUACCCCGUUGCGUCCGUCUACGACAAGUGCCCGGAGUGCUUGAGGAUGUCCAACAAGGCCACUCCGGCUUCUCCACGCGCCUCGCUCUCGUCGCUCCCGCCACCACCUCCCCCGUACGCUGCGCAGUCGCCUACCGCCAUGCCUCGCGUACGCCCGACGUCAUGGCUUCCCCGGCCCGGUUCAUCUUCGUCGGCAUUCACCGAGCUCGACGUCCGCACUUCGGCCCCCCUUGCUGCCCCCUCCACCACUGUGCCUACCACCGCCUCCCCCUCGUCGCCGCCUCCUGCGUACAUCGCAUCCCGUGGCCCGACCGCAAGUCUCACCCGGUACUACCGCCGCUCCUAG